AUGUUUGGGAACUUUCUGAGUAUUCACGUGGCUGAGUUCUCCAGGUAUGGAAUUGUGUUGGUAGCCUUGUAUGAAGAGCCAGAGAAACCAAAUAGUGCACUGGACUUUCUGAAGCAUCAUCUGGGAGCUUCAGCUCCUGAGAGUCCAGAAAUAGAGGCACUUCGCUUGGAAGUGGCAGAGAUGAAAGAAAAAUACGAAGCUGUGUUGGAAGAAAAUAAAAAACUGAAAACCAAGCUGGCUCAGUAUGAACCACCUCAAGACGAGAAGCAUGGUGAAUAACAGUAGUUUCUCCUUUAAUGCCUUGACUUAAUAAAGGGCUUCCUGAGAA